ACGCCAUGGCACUCUAGCCAGGGCAACAGAGUGAGACUGUGUCUCAAAAACAAACAAAAAAAAGAAGCAGAGAUGAAGGAGGGAGCGUUGGACAUUGAAGGAGACAGGACAAAGCAGAGGAUGGUCUUUAGGAAAGUUGGGGAAGUGCAGAAAGUUGCCAGCGAUUCUCAGGGCCCCCUUAGGCAAGGGCUCUGACAUUAAAGAGAGUUCAUUUGGCAUGAAUGCAGACACAGAUCAGGAGGCAAUUCCCACAAAAGUGUGGUAGGGCAGGGAGCUUGGAGUAUGUGCAAGGGGACUACUAUAAUGUGGAACCUAAAGUGACUGCAGCACUGUAGACCAUGAGGCCUUAGGUGAUGGGGGGAGGGAUGCAAGAAUGGGGAGGUCUACUACAUUUGUGUGUUUCUUAGGAAACAUAUGUCUUAAUGAUCUUAGAGUCUGAGCCCUUCCCUACCUUCUGUUUCUCAUCCGGGAUUCACUGGGGGUCAGAGGAGCUCUUUACAUCACAAGCCAGUCUGCUAUGGAGCUGAAUGUGUUAGCAGCAGAGCCACAUGAAGCCUUCCAUGCGGGACAGGCUGAGUUGAGGCCAGAGCUGAGUCAAGAGUGGUGGCAGAGGAUGCACUUUCCUCUCUGUUUUUAGGCAUGCAUUUAUUUCAUCCUCCACCUGCUGCAGCAGACGGCUGUUAACAAAGGUGGAAGAUGAUCUUGUUCUCUUUUAUUUCAGAUUCUAACGCAGGAAUUGGUGAGAAGAAGGGAACCCUGAAGACUGGAUUUCUCAGGAUGAAAAUUUGCACAGGAAAACAUUAGACAAACUCAACAGUGAUGGAGCCCCUCACCCCUGAGUCCAGGGAAGUCUGUGAACCCAGACUAGGGGAGCUAUUGGGAAAUGCAGAGGGGCAGAGCCUGGGGAAUCCCCCCUCUCAGGAGGGGGGCUUCAAGCAGGUGACAGUUACCCAUUGGAAAAUCCAAACAGGAGAGACAGCCCAGUCAUGCAGUAAGUCAGGAAGAAACCCUGUUCUGAACUCAAACCAUCUUAUACUUCAAAGUGAGCUUAUAGAGGGGGAAACCCAUCCUUGUGAUAUUUGUGGCAAAAGCUUCACAUUUAAUUCGGACCUAGUUAGACAUCAGAUUUCUCAUACCGGGGAGAAACCUUAUAAAUGUGAUCAAUGUGGAAAAGGCUUUGGUCAGAGCUCACACCUUACUGAGCACCAGAGGGUUCAUACUGGAGAGAGAUUCUAUGUAUGUAACGUGUGUGGGAAAGACUUCAUUCACUACGCAAAUCUUCUCGAGCAUCAGCAGGUGCACACGGGAGAAAAGCCGUUUAGGUGUACGCAGUGUGGGAAAGCCUUCUGUCAUAGCUCAGACCUGAUUCGACACCAGCGGGUUCAUACCAGAGAGAGACCUUUUGAAUGCAAAGAGUGUGGAAAAGGCUUCAGUCAGAGCUCCUUGCUGAUUCGACAUCAGAGAAUUCACACAGGGGAAAGGCCCUAUGAGUGUAAUGAAUGUGGGAAAUCUUUCAUUAGGAGCUCAAGCCUUAUUCGACAUUAUCAGAUCCACACAGAAGUGAAACAGUAUGAAUGCAAAGAGUGUGGGAAGGCAUUUCGUCAUCGCUCAGACCUUAUUGAACACCAGAGAAUUCACACUGGAGAGAGACCCUUUGAAUGUAAUGAAUGUGGGAAAGCCUUUAUUCGGAGUUCAAAGCUCAUUCAGCAUCAGAGAAUUCAUACUGGAGAAAGGCCUUAUGUAUGCAAUGAGUGUGGAAAGCGUUUCAGCCAGACGUCAAACUUUACUCAGCAUCAGAGGAUUCACACUGGAGAGAAACUCUAUGAAUGUAAUGAAUGUGGGAAAGCAUUCUUUCUGAGCUCAUACCUUAUUCGACACCAGAAAAUUCACACUGGAGAGAGGGUGUAUGAAUGUAAAGAAUGUGGGAAAGCAUUUCUCCAGAAAGCCCAUCUCACAGAACAUCAGAAAAUCCACACUGGGGACAGACCCUUUGAAUGCAAAGACUGUGGGAAAGCCUUCAUCCAGAGUUCCAAGCUGCUUCUGCAUCAGAUCAUUCACACUGGAGAGAAACCCUAUGUGUGUAGUUAUUGUGGGAAAGGCUUUAUUCAGAGGUCAAACUUCCUUCAACACCAGAAAAUUCAUACAGAAGAGAAGCUCUAUGAAUGUAGUCAGUAUGGGAAAGAUUUUAACUCAACUUCAAACUUUAAAAAUAAUCCAGGUGUUCACCAAGAGGGCUCUCCUUGAGCAAGGCCCCCAUACAAAAGUGAAAGAUCUGUAGGUCAGGGGGAUACACAGACAACUUACAAAAUAAUAAUUCUCCCACUCAAUGAGUGAUGUUUGGAAAUGAGUAGUAUUAGGAUUUACGUGGCUUCAAAGAUUUGGACACGUCAGAAUUUUGUGAAUCAUGGACAGGGCUGCAUUGGGACUGUGCUGUGGUCUGCCACUUUGCAGCAUCCGUGGACUCAGCUAUCCUUGGAGAGCCGUGGGGCUUUACAGCUGACUUAGAGCUGAAACGUGGGGACAGGAGACAGGUCUCAAUAUAUUUAUGUUUCAUUCACAGAUACAGUCCAUCUUUGAGUUAAAUCCCUUUUAAAGCAGAACUGUGAAUCUAAUCUUGUUACUUAGAAGAGUGUAACCUAGCAAUUUUGACCUAUCAAAAAAUCCAGUUGGAAAAAGCUAACUUUUAUGAAAACCUUGACAAACUGGUUCCCUGUUGUCCUUGGGAUAAACUCCAGGCUCCUAAUAUCCCCAUUGUGCAUCCUAAGACCUCAUGUUCCCUCAUCUCAUGAUGCUCCAGUGGCACUAACUGCUUCGUGUUCCCCACAUGCUCCAAGCUGUUUCCUGCCUCUUUUCUUUUGUUCUUGGCUGAAUUGUCCCUCCUCUUCUCAGUCGAUUAAUUCUUAAUCACUGUUCAAGACUCACCAUGGCAGCACAUUAGGGACGCUUCUCUCAGGCUCGGCUUGGGAGCCCGUCUGUGCUGCUGCUGCUCCAUGCUCCCCUCUGUUGCUGUACUUACUUUGGUAUGUUACAGUUAUGAUUUUAUAUAUCAUCUCUUUCAUUAUAUGCUUAGUUCCUUGAGGACAGUGAUGUCUGGCUGAUUAUUGUCCCCAUUGUCUAGCACGAAGCAAUAAAAAAUACCCCCAAAUCUCUGCAUUAUUGGCAUUUCUCUUGCAUUGUCCUUUUUAUACUUAUAUUUUAAAAAUUUUGGGUUUUUUUGUUGUUUUGUAUCAAUACAAUCUGUUCUAUUGGAAAUAUCUUCUCUCUCAGCCCUGUUACUGUCUUCUCCCAUUUGACUUGGAAGUUGCAGUCAUUUCCUGCACCCAAUUCACACUCCUGCUCAAUUCCUUCCUGUACAGCUCGCUCACAACUGUCUGCUGGACUUGGAGGGCAUCAGCCUCAUCUUCACUUAGUUGUCUGUGCAUCUUUCUAACUCAUCAAGAGGCACAGUCCCAGUGUACUAUGUAGGAGUUCCAGGACUGAACUCAACUUCUGUCAUUUUCCAUGCUUUGUGACUCAUGUUAUUUAUUUGAAUGUGUAUUGAUAUCUAUAAGGAAUAGUUCUAUACAUUGGGAAAACAGAUGAGUAAGACACCAUCCAUCCUGAAGUUGUUCAGAGUGUAGUGGGGACAUAGAGAUCACUGUACAAUGCAUCGAGUGCUGGGAUAGAAUUAUGUUCUUACUGGUGUAGGAACACAGAUAAGGAGGGAAGCGAUUUGGCACAGAAGAUCUGGGAAGGCUACAGAGAAGAGGUGACUUACAACUGGUCUGGCAAGAUCAGUGGACAUUUAUCAGCUAAAGAAAAAAUAUCUGAGAGGGACUCUGAAGAAACAAGGAUUCUUGACAGAUGGCCCUUUGGUAGGGUUGUUCAGUAGCAGGCAGUUUUAAUGCAAAGUGGAUAACCAUCUAGCAAAACUGUUUGUCUUUGCCUCUGAAUUUCUUUCAUCUGAACACUAGCCCAAGCAACCAGCUUUAAAAUUACAUAAAACUUUUUUUUUUUUUUUUUUUGCCAAUGGGGGCAUAUUCUAACCUCUUAAGUUUUACCAACCCUAGAAUCCUUGAGGGGACAAAUAAUUCAAAAACAAUAUCUAGUACUCCAUUUCUGCAAAACUCAAACAUUACCAAUGAUGUUUCAAGUGGUAUAGAGGUAGAUGUUACCAGACCAUUUUAAUCAACAUUGAGGUUCAAUUUCCAUUGAACACCUAUUAUAAAAUAAAUAUAAUAAAACACCUAUUAUAAGUGUCAGUGUUUUUAAAAAUCCACACCCCCUUUUAACCACCACCACAAUCAAGAAUAAAAAAACAUUUCUAUCACCUAAAAUUCCCUUUUGUCUUUUUAUAGUUAAUCCCACUCCAGCUCCAGGUAACCACUUUGUCAAUGUAGAUUAGUUUUGCUUGUUCAAGAACUUCAUAUAAAUGGAUUCAUACAGUAUGUAUUCUUUUGUGUCUGACUUCUUUGACUUGGGAUGUUUUUAGACUCAACCAAGUUGUUUCGUGUUUCAGUAGUUCUCUUCACUGAAUAGUGCUCCAUUGUACGGGUAAGCCAUCAUUUGUUUAUUUACCACCUGUUGAUAGAAAUUUGGGUUUCCUGUUUUGGCUCUUAAGAAUAAAAUUGCUAUAAGCAUUUGUGUAAAAGUAUUUGUACAUGUGUUUUUAUUUCUCUUGGGUAAAUACCUAGGACUUUAAUUGCUGGGUUAUAAGAUAAGUGUCUUAGUCCAGGCUAUAAUAAAUUACCAUAAACUGGGUGGCUUAUGAACACCAGAAAUGUAUUUCUUACAGUUCUGGAGUCAGGGAAUUCCCAAGGUCAAAGUUCCAACCGAUUUGGUGUCCAGUGAGGGCUGACUUCAUAAGUAGAAGCCUCCUCACUGUAACCUCAUGUGAAGAGAGCUAGGGAACCUUCUCGGACUUUUUUUUUUUUUGAGACAGAGUCUGGCUUUGUUUCCCAGGCUAGAGUGAGUGCCAUGGCGUCAGCUUG